AUGCUACACCAGGCCGCCAUUACACUGAUCGUCGCGCUUUUGGCUGUUUCAGCAACGACUCUCGAUAAGAGAAUCGUUGGCGGAGAUCCUGUCCAUGAGGGCGAGUUCACCUUCGUUGUUAGCAUCCUCAACAGCGGUCAUUGCGGAGGCAUUUUGCUCGAUAGCACUACAGUGCUCACUGCUGCUCACUGCCUUCCUGCAGUCCUUACUGUGAGGGCGGGCUCACUGCAUCGUAAAAAGGGCGGUGUUGUGUCCAAGUUCGCGUCUAAGAAGUACCAUCCCGGAUACAGAAUGAACCCAAGAUUCACGAUCAAACCCUAUAUGAACAAUGAUAUUGGCAUCAUCAAACUAGCGACUCCGAUCGAGGCGAGCGAGGAGAAGAAUAUAGGCUACGCCACGCUGGCCGAGGAAGACUCGGAUCCCGUGCCCGGUUCCAUGGCUAUCGUCGCAGGCUGGGGCAGGGAUGAACGCGAGAAACGUCCCCAUUUCGAGGUGCUCGGGAACCUCACCAAGGUCACCAUUCCCAUCCUCGAGCGCGCGGAAUGCAGAAAGGGAAAGGUGCGCGGCCUGGUUGAUCGCGUGCAACUGAGAGACACGAUCGUGUGCGCCGGCACCCACUCCAAGGGCGCCUGCGAGCACGACGACGGAGGCCCCCUCAUUGACCAGGAGACUGGCCAGGUGAUUGGCAUCACGUCCUUCAACGUAAUGGAUGAGGACCUCUACAUCUGCGACGAGGCGCCGGCGGUGUUCACCCGCAUCGGGCGGUACAUCCCUUGGAUCAAGGAGCACAUGGGGGCCGGCCCCAAGCCGAAGGAGAAGGCAUCAAAGGCGGAAGAGGAAGACUCUCGAGAGGUCGAAGAAGAGAAGCCCUGCGCGACUGACGUGCAGCCAAAGUACAAGGUGACGGAGGAGGAGGAGUCUCGGCCAGUGAUUCCACAGUACGGCGGUAACCGGAGCCGGCCGCAUUGA